GAUCCCCACCAGCCAAGCAGUCAAUGCGGGCAAGACAGACCGACAUGGGAUGAUAGCCCCCCUCCGACGAGGGAAAAGGAGAGCGACACGCAGCUUAUAAAAGGGAGCUCCAUGCCCUCUGGAAUUGACCUUCAUCCUCAAUCCAUCCUCAUCCAACCUCAAUCUACUACUCCCAUCUCAUAAAUUCCCAUAUACCCUCAAAACCUCCACAAUGAGCUUCCAAGAGUCCGCCGUCCACGGUUCCAUCCGUCUCGAGGGCCCCUUCCUCCACGCCCUCCUCCGCGAUGCGCACGGCCAGGAGCACCCCGCCCACAUUGACCUGAACCACUUCAUUGGCAACAUUGACGGCCACUUCCAAUGGGGCGGCCACAACUUCUUCGAGACCGCCCGCGGGGUGCACUUCGACAUCGAGGGCGGUGCCCACGUCCCCGUCGUCCGCGGUGAGCUCCGCGACGAGCACGGCAACUGGCACGUUCGCGACAUCAACCUCGCCGAGCGUCUGUUCAACAUCGACGGCCACUUCGAGUUCCGGUAAAUUUAGCGUUAUUAUUUCGAUGAAAUCUGAAUAUUAGCAUUGUUCUGUUC